AUGAGUGCUCUAACGGACGCGGAAAAGUAUCAGCAGCGUCUACUAGAGGCAGAGGAGAGAGUUGCACGAGCGGAGGAGCGAGCUAAUCGAGCAGAAACCGAAAGGGAUCGAGCAAAAACCGAAAGGGAUCAGGAAAGGGAAAAGACCCGACCGACAACGCUAGAUGAGUAUCUUGAGGCCUGCCACAAUCUUGUUUACGCCCGCCUUUCGGUCGAAACCGAUCCGUCCAAGACCACCACUGGCAGCAUCCGUGCCGACCAUAAGCUUGUUCCAGAGCAUCUCAAGCAAUGGACUAGCUUCUUUGAUGAGCAGAGCGAGAUGCUGAGUAUCAUUUACUCCUUCUUCCCGGUAGAGGAACUACUUUUUGAUAAUCGAGCCUACCUGACGACCCUUGGCAAUAAAGUGUCGGCAGCUCCUAUCGCAGACGAGAAAAUGCUUGAGAAUUUUCUGCAUAAUUGUGUAGAGGAGCAGGUUAGGUGUAUCAUACAUGAGCUCAGUGUAUCUGAGGACUUUCAACGGCAGUUGAAUAUUGGAUCUGGCAUCAAGUUUGAGAACCACCUCAAGGCGAUCAGUGAUACGGCCUUCGAAGUCGUUGAACGAGAACGCCAGCAGCCCCUCCCGCCGUUGCAUCAGGAGCCAGAGGAGCCAGGGCCAGAGCCUCAGCGCCCCAAGACACCAGAUCUCAUCCAGGACCCUGCGAAGCUGAAUGCCGACCAAAUCUGCAUCUAUCGCUACGAGAAGGCUGGCCUGGCAAUACGCACUAUCAUUGCAAUCGCUGAGUACAAGCCACCCCACAAGCUCACGCUUCCACAGCUCCGCGUGGGCUUACACGACAUGAACAUUUUCCAAGACGUUGUCUGCAAGAACAAGAUCCCAACAGAGGCAGAAGCUAAGUUUCAACACUACGCAGAGGAGCUAACUGCCGCCGCCAUCACGCAAACCUACCACUACAUGAUCAAGAGUGGUCUAGCUUAUAGCCUCUUGACGACUGGUGAGGCCAUUGUUUUUCUCAAGAUCGACUGGAGAGCUCCCGAGGUUCUCUACUACCAUCUGGCGGAGCCUGGCCCAGAGGUGCAAGCCCAUGCCCAGUUCCGUUCAUGUACGGCUGUUGCUCAGUACGUAGCCUUCCAUCUCUUGGCACUUAGCGAUCACGCGCACAUAGGUCAAGAUAGGCGCCAGGAGGUCAUAAGUGGGCUGAGGCAGUGGAAUGUGGAUUUCCGGCGUGCAGCGAGCACAAUUCCCGAGGAUCAGCGACGGGCGCCGCCGAGCUCACCUGCCUUUACUCCCACAACUUACCGUACUGUCGAUCGCUCGGUAAGCCGCCAGAGGAAGUUGAAAAUUAAUACUGAACGUGGAAUUAAGCUUCCCGCGAGACAGCGAAGGGAUGAUGACUCCGAUGACGAUGGGGGUUCAAAUCACCCGCCCAGAACCAGUCCAGCAGAGCGGCAGCCAGGUCAUAACCAGGGAACUCGGCGGAGCCAGCGGCUUGCAGAGCAGACUGUUAAGGAUAGCAGUCAAGGCAACAGCAAGAACAGAAUUAAGGACAGUAAUCAAGGUGUCCAGUACUGUACACAGAGGUGUCUGCUUGGUCUGGUGAGAGGUUAUAUACUUGACGCCAACUGCCCGAAUUUUGCCCUUCAUAGACCUCGGAAUUGCAAGACGGAUAGCUCCAAACGCCAUCCCAUCACACACGUCGACUUCCUCGAGCUGCUUUUUAAGCAGCUAAAACGAACACUGGACUCUGGAAUCACAUCGUUGGAUAUCACUGGUGCUCGUGGGGCCCUCUUCAAGAUUUCCUUGCUUGCGUAUGGGUACACUUUUAUUGGCAAAGGUACAGUGAAGGCUUUUAUCUCGGAUCUGAAGCACGAAGCUUUAGUCUACAAGCGACUUAAGGUAGUACAAGGGACUCGUGUGCCCGUCUUCCUUGGUGCUAUCGACCUCGGUGCACUCGGCAGAACGUACUACUAUGAUUUCCGUGUCGAGGUGGUCCAUCUAUCUUUUAUGUCCUGGGCGGGGGUCGGCUUGAGAGAUAUUCACGCAGCAGAUCUUAAUGAGGCCUCUCUAACGGAAAUGGCAAUACAGUCCAUGAAGGCCAUUCAUCAAGAAGGGGUGGUACACAAGGAUGCGCGCCGGGAAAAUAUGCUGUUCAACCCAGAAACUCGAAGGGUAAUGAUAAUUGAUUUCGAGCGCUCGCGGCUUCUCUCGCCACCCCGACGCCAACUGGCCGCCCUGGGGCCUAACAACCGACAGCGGAUUCGAGAUACGAGGGGGAAGAUCAAGGCGGUAUCACGUCCUAGCGGUGUUAAGAGCCAGCUGGAGUUAGGUUUCUUGCAUGAUAUCGCAGGAGUGAGGGGGGCGUUUAUGUAG